GGCUUCCACCCCGUGCAGCUCCUCCCCUGCAUUUCGUUCCACAUGUGCUGCUCCACGUUGCUAUUCAAUAAACUUCGCCAUCUAGUCCAUCAUAGAAGGAGAGAAUUAUUGAGGAUGAAAAAGACCGCGAGACCAUCAAGUGCACUGGUCAACCUGACCUCCGAAACCCCAUUGCCAGGGAAGUGGCUGCAAUGUCUGCACAAUGCACAGACCGUCACAGUUUUUAAGGACUGAAAAGCAACACGAGUUCCUAAUGGCCAACCCAAACCUCCCCUGGCGCAACACCUCCUCACGUGCUAUCCCUUCUCACCUGAGAGCACAGGCCGGCACCCACUUCCACGCGAAGACCCGGGCUGCCCUGCGCUCACCCUGUGCCUGACGCCCGCGAGGCCACCCUGCAGUGGAGGCACUGGGCAGGCACCCCCCGCCCCUGCAGGGCGGUGCCCCCCAGGCUGGACGCCCCUUGUGAUGCCCUUUGUGACACCCUUUGUGACACCCUGCCCGUGGCCUGGCAGCAAAGCCUUGUGCUGCCUGCAGCCGGCGGCGCUCAGUGCUGUCGCCGCCACUGGGGAAGCGACAGCGCGUGUGUGGCCGGGAGCGUGGCUGCGGCCCUGCCCUCGCGUGGUGCCUCUGCCUCGCCGCGGGGCUCCCAGCCGUCUCAGCUCCCGUCUCCCUGCCCGGAGCCCGGCAGAGCCCGCCGGGCGCCUCUGGUGCCGUUGCCCUGAGGCGGGCCAUGGCCUCAUUCCCGCCGCAGCAUGCAGAGGGUCUUGGGGCUCCUCAGGGGCCGUCGGGAGGCACCGUCGGUGCCUGUCGGCUCCAGGAGAGGCAGCCUGGUGGGCUGCACGGCGCGGCCGCCCGUGGCGACCUGGCCCUGCUGCAGCGGCGCCGGUGGCUGAGGAAGCUGUGCAUCAACUGGCGGGAUGCGGAGGGGCGGACACCUCUGCAUCUUGCGUGCGCCAACGGCCACGUGGAUGUCGUUCAGUUUCUGGUUAGGAAGAAGUGCAAGCUGAACCCACGUGACAAUUUGAAGAACACGCCCCUGAUGAAGGCGGUAGCAUGCAAGCAAGAAGGCUGCGUGGCUGUUCUGCUAGAGCACGGCGCUGACCCAAACGUCACAGAUCGUGGCGGCAACACUGCCCUUCACCUCGCUGUCCACACUGAUAACGUGUUUGUAGCGGGGGUCUUACUGCAGCACAAUGCCCAGGUUGAUGCU